AUGGAAAGCUCCCAAUAUAAGGGGGCCAGUGUGGUCAGUUCACCGGCAGCUGUGGCCAGUGAAGUGGACACCAUAGUGACCAUGCUGCCUUCCAAUCCACAUGUGAUAGAGGUCUACACGGGGAAGUCGGGGAUACUGAGUACCGUGAAGCCAGGUUCGUUACUAAUAGACAGCAGUACCAUCGAUCCCAUGGUGUCCAUUGACAUGGCUGAGCAGUGCAGUAAAAAAAAUGCCACUUUCAUGGAUGCUCCUGUUUCAGGAGGUGUUCUGGCAGCCGCGUCUGGUGCCCUUACGUUCAUGGUGGGAGGACCAGCUAGUGAAUUCCCCGCCGCCAAGAUAAUACUGGAGAACAUGGGGAAGAAUGUGAUUCACUGUGGGGGAGUGGGCACUGGAGAGGCAGCCAAGGUGUGUAAUAAUAUGAUGCUGGCAAUAUCUAUGAUUGGGGCCUCAGAGACCAUGAAUAUGGGGAUCAAACUGGGUCUGGAGCCCAAGGUGUUAAAGGAUGUACUGUGUACCAGUUCUGCCCGCUGCUGGUCCCUGGACACCUAUAACCCCGUCCCCGGGGUGCUGGAGGGGGUCCCUUCCUCCAAGGACUAUCAGGGAGGGUUUGCCACUGAACUCAUGGUAAAGGACCUGGGUCUGGCCCAGAAUGUGGCCACCACCCUGAAGAGCCCCACCCCCCUGGGGUCCCUGGCCCACCAGAUCUACAGGGUGAUGUGUAACAAGGGGUACGCCAGGAAAGAUUUCUCCUCUGCAUACAUGUUCCUUCAGGAUGAGAAAGAGAAGUAGACCAAGGGGGAAAUGCACAAGUCUACGCUGAGUUUCUUGGAGGUGAUGAAAAACAUUGGUAGCCCUCUGUACAGUCCUUCUGAUGUCACUUUCUGGCUGGUCAGCAGUGUCCAUUGUAGUCCUUCUUGAGAUGCUUACGUUGAAGUCAGUUGUUUCCUAGAAAUGGUCAGUUAAUGACUCUAAUUUUCUAGAGGACAUGGAAGAAUUUGGUCAGGAUGUUUUCCUUAAUAAGCAUACAAUGCAGUUUAGACCUAUAUAAUGUUAUGAAAAAAAUCUUUAUCACUUAAACUGUGGAGAGAAUUAUGAUCCAAAUUUUGAGUUCUAUCUCAAAAACUAGAGGAUGUAAUUUUAAAACGAGGAUUUAUGGAUGGUAAUUCUUCAGUUUAGGGUAUUGUUCAUGUAUUUUUUUUUCUCUAAUGCACAUUGUAUACCUUUCAUAUACUAGUAUGUUUUCUCUGAGACUAACAAACUUGUUAAGAUUUGAGAUUAUUGACUGCUGCAGCAGGUGACAUCAUGGUGACUGCUUUUCACGAAAUUGGGUACCAGUGAUUUUAGUGAUAAAGGUUUAUGCAUGCUUGUUUUUCCUUGGAAAUAAAGAAAAGAAGAGAAAAAGUCACAGAGCUUAGUCACGCAUCUGCCAUUUAUGUAUUUAUACUUAGUAUAAUAAUAGUAUUAUGGAAGGGAAUUUGGUAACCUACCAGUUGUGGGAAACAUAGUCAUUAAAGGGUCUUUCACAAUCGAUCUCAUUUACACCAGACCAAAAGAGACAAUGGAGACCCUCGCUUUAAGUUGGAAUUCUUCACCCCAAGCUUACUUUGCAAGCUUCCAGUUAAUGUCAGUUGCAUCACUUCAAUUUACUUAGUAUUAUUAUUAUUGAACAAUAUUAUUAUUGCAGUUCUGUUUGACAUAAUUAAGCAGGCAAUAUAGUGGUAUAUAAUAUACCAUAUUUAUGCAAGGCUUUGCCAGGCACAUAUAUAUCUAUUAUCAAUAUUUGGGCAUUGGAAUGGUUAUGCCUGUAGUGAGUGGAGAUGAUAGUUUUAAAUGUCAGCUUUGGUUGCAGAAUGUUCAGUAAACUUUAUGGUAUAUCUCUCAAGAUGCUCACAGCUGCUUAAACUGAAGGAUGAUAUGAGAAUUGUGAUCAUGACACGAAAUGUACAAUUGUUACUUUGUCAGAUAAU